CACAGUAAGACGGUUUGCAAUCCAUUAAUUAAUUCUCAUUCAUCUAAUUAUUUAAUUAAUUAUUUAUUACUCGCUGUAAUAUACCUAGAAGGCCAGAAUCGCAACGAAUUGAUCAUUUUGGACAAAGGAUUUUUCUGAUUUUCGCGUUAGAAAUUGUAUAACAAGAAGAUAAUAUGUCGGGAAUUCUAAGGCAGAAGUUGGUUUAUGGAGGGAUUUUUUCCCAGCAGAGGAUUAAUCCAGCUGUUUUGGCUUUGCGAUACUACUCAUCUUCUGGCAAACAGAUGACAUUUAGGGAUGCCUUAAACUCUGCCCUUGACGAGGAGAUGGCCGCUGAUCCUAAAGUAUAUUUGAUGGGUGAAGAGGUUGGUGAAUAUCAAGGGGCUUAUAAGAUCACCAAAGGACUAUUGGAUAAGUAUGGUCCGGAAAGAGUUAUUGAUACACCAAUCACAGAGGCUGGAUUUACUGGUAUGGCUGUUGGUUCUGCUUAUGUUGGCCUCAAGCCCAUUGUGGAGUUCAUGACUUUUAAUUUUUCCAUGCAGGCAAUUGAUCACAUAAUUAACUCUGCUGCAAAAACUAACUACAUGUCUGCGAGUCAAAUUUCUGUUCCCAUUGUUUUCAGGGGCCCUAAUGGUGCUGCUGCAGGAGUUGGUGCCCAGCAUUCUCAGUGUUAUGCUCCAUGGUUUGGCUCUUGUCCUGGACUGAAAGUGUUGGCUCCAUACUCAUCUGAGGAUGCUCGUGGAUUGUUGAAGGCAGCAAUUCGGGAUCCUGAUCCAGUUGUUUUUCUGGAGAAUGAAAUUCUAUAUGGAGAGUCAUUUCCAGUUUCUGAUGAAGUUCUAGAUCCUAACUUUUGUCUGCCUAUUGGGAAGGCCAAGAUUGAAAGAGAAGGGAAGGAUGUGACGAUAACAGCAUUCUCAAAAAUGGUGGGAUUUGCUCUCAAGGCUGCUGAAAUACUGGCAGAGGAAGGAAUUAGUGCUGAGGUCAUUAAUUUACGAUCAAUUCGGCCACUAGAUAGAGUGACGGUCAAUGAUUCAGUUAGGAAAACAAACAGAUUGGUAACAGUUGAAGAAGGCUUCCCUCAGCAUGGUGUUGGAGCUGAAAUCAGUGCAUCGGUCGUUGAGGAUAGCUUCGAAUAUCUUGAUGCACCUGUUGAGCGGAUUGCUGGAGCUGAUGUACCAAUGCCUUAUGCACCAAACAUUGAGAAAAUGGCUGUGCCACAGAUUGAAGAUAUUGUCCGGGCUGCAAAACGGGCAUGUUACAGAGAAGUACCAUUGGCAGCGACAGCAUGAUUUUUAUCAUAUACUUCGUUUGACUAGGGUAUUGUAAAGAAAUAAAUUAUCUCGUGUCGUGUAUGCAGUGGGACGAGAAUACAAGGUAACAAUCCUCCAAAUUCUAGUGUUAAUAGUAUUAUAUAGGGCCAUAUGCAAGUUCCUUGGACCCAAAUGCUAUCUAGUUUUAGAUUGCAGAGAUUUUGUUCGUUGUAAUGGCCGAGUAAUGGCAUUUUUGGUGCUGGUGCAAACAUGUUACUGUUUUGAGUUUUUUUAGAAGUAAGAUCAACAUCUUUUUAGGAACUCGAAAUUACAUAAUUAGUGUAACAAAUAAAAUUUUCCAACGCGAUUGCAUACUUCUAUUCGAAUUUGUUGAUCUUCCAUGAUAAGAGCACUCUGUUUUUC